AUGCCCGUCGACAAGUCUGCCCCUCUCGGGCUGGGCGCCCUCUUCGGCCAGCUCGACGCUGUGGCCAUCGUGGCCAACGUGGGCACGCCCAAGAAGUGGCGAAGUACCUUCCGGCGGUGCGGAAUCCGGCUGGGCGACAGUACGAACGCCGUGGACAGCCGGGCCGGCACGGACGUCAAGAUCCGGCAUAUCGACGCCGGCUUGGAAAUCAUGCUCUACGGAGCCAGAAAUCCCUCCGAUACGGGCCAUAUUAUGGACGUGAGGGAAUAUAUAAGGGGCCCCCUGACCCUCGACGAGAAGGAGUAUGUGAUGCGGGAUCUGGCCGCCCACGCGGGCUGGCACCAGGAGGUCUUAUGUGCGUUGGAGUGGGUGCAGCUCGCCCUCUAG